CCUCGAAAAACGUUCCAAAUUCCACUUGUCACCUAACCAUAUUUUGGGCACCAUUUUCUAAAUCCCCAAUUCGUCAUUGUACAUAACAACCUCUUCUCCCAAAUACACUCCAAAAACGUUAUCACCUCUUCAAUUAAAAUCCAUAUACAACCCAAUUGUUAAUAAUUGUUAAACAAAAUUAAUUUGAUAGAUUUCAGGAUUAUGGAGCAUAAAUUGGAUACUACUUCAGAUGCAGCAAGCCGAAGAUUGAUCACUCUAGCAAGACAUUUAGAGGUUUCGAAAUUGGAAAGUAGUGAAAAUAAGGGAUUAUAUCCAUCAAUUACUUCUGUGUUUGAUGGGAAUUCUGAUUCUGUUUUUGCCCAUGUUGUUAAAGCCCCAGAAGAUCCUAUUCUUGGGGUAACUGUUGCAUACAACAAAGAUCCUAGUCCUGUAAAGUUGAAUCUUGGUGUUGGUGCAUACCGAACUGAAGAUGGUAAACCGUUGGUGUUGAAUGUGGUGAGACGAGCAGAGCAACAACUCAUCAAUGAUAGGUCUCGAGUUAAAGAAUACCUCCCUAUUACUGGGCUUGCCGAAUUCAAUAAACUGAGUGCUAAACUAAUGUUUGGUGCAGACAGCCCUGCUAUUAAAGAGAAUCGGGUCACUACUGUCCAGUGUUUAUCUGGUACAGGCUCGUUGAGGGUGGGUGGUGAAUUUUUAGUGAGACAUCAUCACGAGAGGACAAUAUAUAUACCCCAACCAACAUGGGGUAACCACCCAAAGAUAUUUUCACUGGCUGGCUUAUCCGUCAAGACUUACCGUUAUUAUGAUCCAGAUACACGUGGCCUAAAUUUCCAAGGCCUUCUCGAAGACCUUGGCUCAGCCCCAUCGGGAGCAGUCGUGCUGCUUCAUGCGUGUGCUCACAAUCCAACUGGCGUGGACCCAACUAUUCAACAAUGGGAAAAGAUUAGGCAAUUGAUGAGAUCAAAGGCGCUCCUACCCUUUUUUGACAGUGCAUAUCAGGGAUUCGCAAGCGGAAGUUUAGACAGAGAUGCACAGGCUGUUAGAAUGUUUGUAGCAGAUGGUGGUGAAUGUCUUCUAGCUCAGAGUUAUGCCAAGAACAUGGGUCUUUAUGGGGAGCGUGUUGGCGCUUUAAGCAUCGUCUGCAAGACAGCCGAUGUGGCAAACCGAGUUGAGAGUCAACUCAAAUUAGUAACAAGGCCCAUGUUCUCGAAUCCUCCCAUUCAUGGUGCAUCCAUUGUGGCGAUUAUUCUCCGUGACAGGAGCCUGUUUGACGAGUGGACAGCUGAGUUGAAGGCAAUGGCUGAUCGUAUAAUUAGCAUGAGACAGAAAUUAUUUGAUGCUUUGCGUUCUCGAGGUACACCAGGUGACUGGAGUCAUAUAAUCAAGCAAAUCGGGAUGUUCACUUUCACAGGAUUAAACAAGGAGCAAGUUGCUUUCAUGACUAAAGAGUACCACAUUUACAUGACAUCCGAUGGACGGAUUAGCAUGGCCGGUCUAAGUUCGAAAACUAUUCCUCAUCUCGCAGAUGCUAUACACGCAGCUGUAACUCGCAUAUCAUAAAUGUCGUUACUUCUUUCUUUACCAAGUGUUGCUUCCAACACAACUCCAGAUAGCUAAGUGCCAGCACUUGAACAAGCCAUAUGUAAUCAACGAACCCAUGUACUACAGUCCAUAUUUAAAGUGUUUCAACUCUUUUGUCAAAUAUAUGUUGAACCCUUCCACAUUUGUCCCAAAAUUGUACAGGAUAUGAAGUGGCUUCUAUAUAUAUAUACACUAUCCUCCGUUUUUAUUUUACCGCUUUGA